AUGGAGCCGGCGGCGCGGGCCAGCGGGGAUAUCCUGAGGCGGAACCCGCAGCAGGACUACGAGCUGAUCCAGCGGGUGGGGAGCGGCACCUACGGCGACGUGUACAAGGCUAGAAAUCUUCAUACAGGAGAACUGGCUGCUGUAAAAAUAAUCAAGUUAGAGCCUGGAGAUGACUUCUCCCUGAUCCAGCAGGAGAUAUAUAUGGUUAAAGAAUGCAAACAUUGCAACAUAGUCGCCUAUUUUGGGAGUUAUCUCAGCCGUGAGAAGCUGUGGAUAUGCAUGGAAUACUGUGGUGGGGGAUCCCUCCAGGACAUUUACCAUGUAACAGGACCUCUGUCAGAAUUGCAAAUUGCUUAUGUGUGCAGAGAAACUCUACAGGGUCUUGCUUAUUUACACAUGAAGGGCAAAAUGCACAGAGAUAUAAAGGGUGCAAACAUUCUACUAACAGACCACGGAGAUGUUAAAUUGGCUGACUUUGGGGUAGCAGCAAAAAUAACAGCCACUAUUGCAAAGAGGAAAUCCUUUAUUGGCACCCCUUACUGGAUGGCUCCCGAGGUGGCGGCGGUGGAGAAGAACGGGGGGUACAACCAGCUGUGUGACAUCUGGGCCGUGGGCAUCACUGCCAUCGAGCUGGCAGAGCUGCAGCCACCCAUGUUCGACCUCCACCCCAUGAGGGCUCUGUUUUUAAUGUCAAAAAGUAAUUUUCAACCACCCAAGCUAAAGGAAAAAGCAAAAUGGUCAGCAACAUUCCAUAAUUUUGUCAAGAUAGCACUUACAAAAAAUCCAAAGAAGAGACCGACAGCAGACAGACUUCUCUCUCACAGCUUUGUAGGGCAGCCUGGUCUCUCCAGGUCUUUAGCAGUCGAGCUGUUGGACAAAGUCAACAACCCAGAGAACCACACCCACUAUGGGGAGGUUGAUGAUGAUGAUUUUGAGCCUCACUCCGUGGCCCGGCACACCAUCCGCUCCAGCAACAGGAACAGCCGCGCCGAGAGAACGGCGUCCGAGAUCAACUUUGAUAAGCUGCAGUUUGAGCCCCCUCUACGGAAAGAAACAGAAGCUCGGGAUGAGAUGGUUGUGGCAGCUGGCAGUGACUUUGCUUCACAUUGGAAUCCUUUUGUUGAUGGAAGCAACAAGGGACUGCUCACAAAAUUUGGAGAUGGGAGUGAAGAUGUUGAAGAAUCGACACUAAAACGAGCUGGGCCACCCCCGCUGCCUCCCAAGCCGAGGAUGAACAGUUACCCCGAGGAAAACCUCCCAGAUGACAACAGAUGCCAGACAAUAAAACACUUCCCAGACUCCCAGAGCAGAGCCCCAGCAGCCCACAGGAGACAGAGCAUCCCAGUUUGUGGCUCCCAGGCAGAUUCCUGCCCCAUGGGAAUGACCAGCAGCAUCAGCAGCCCUGGAUUGCUCACAGCCAGAUACAGCGACCUGGGCAAUGGGAAUGGGAUGCUGAAACACAUCGAGGAGAAUGCAGAAGGACCUGGACAAAUCCCUCAACUGCCAAGGAAAAAGGAAAAGAGAGAUUUCCCUAAACCAGCAAUCAAUGGUUUGCCUCCAACUCCAAAGGUGCUGAUGGGAGCCUGUUUUUCCAAAGUCUUUGAUGGUUGUCCUUUGAAGAUUAAUUGUGCAACUUCAUGGAUACAUCCAGAUACUAAAGAUCAGUACAUCAUCUUUGGCACAGAAGAAGGGAUCUACACUCUGAAUUUAAAUGAACUUCACGAAGCAACCAUGGAACAGUUAUUUCCUCGAAAGUGCACCUGGCUCUAUGUUAUCAACAACACCUUAAUGUCCCUGUCAGAAGGGAAAACAUUUCAGCUCUACUCCCAUAAUUUAAUAGCAUUGUUUGAACAAGCCAAAAAAACAGGAUUAGCUGCUCAUAUUCAAACCCACAGAUUUCCUGACAAAAUAUUACCAAGGAAAUUUGCCUUAACAACCAAGAUCCCCGACACAAAAGGAUGCCACAAAUGCUGUAUAGUACGAAAUCCAUACACAGGCCACAAGUACCUGUGUGGUGCAUUGCAGUCUGGAAUUGUUCUGCUCCAGUGGUAUGAGCCAAUGCAGAAAUUCAUGUUAAUAAAGCACUUUGAUUUCCCCCUGCCCAGCCCUCUGAACGUGUUUGAGAUGCUGGUGAUCCCAGAGCAGGAGUAUCCCAUGGUGUGUGUGGCCAUCUCCAAGGGCACAGAGCCAAACCAGGUGGUGCAGUUUGAGACAAUCAACCUGAACUCUGCAUCCUCGUGGUUCACUGAGAUCGGGGCAGGCAACCAGCAGUUGGAUGCCAUUCAUGUGACACAGCUGGAGAGAGACACUGUCCUGGUCUGCCUGGACAAAUUUGUGAAAAUAGUGAAUUUACAAGGGAAAUUGAAGUCAAGCAAGAAAUUGGCUUCUGAGCUGAGCUUUGAUUUCUGCAUCGAGUCAGUGGUGUGCCUUCAGGACAGCGUGCUGGCCUUCUGGAAACAUGGCAUGCAGGGCAAGAGCUUCAAGUCAGAUGAAGUGACCCAGGAGAUAUCUGAUGAAACCAGGGUUUUCCGCCUGCUGGGCUCAGACAGAGUGGUUGUGCUGGAGAGCAGACCCACAGAAAACCCCACAGCUCACAGCAACCUCUACAUCCUGGCUGGACAUGAGAACAGUUACUGAGCACCACUCACCCAGCAAACAGCAGAGGGAAUUGGCCAGGCUGAGACCCAGGAGCUCCAGGAAACCAGGACUUGUCGUUUUCUUGUCUUGACACCAGAAUUGUGUUGGUUUUUAGGGUGGGAAUCAAUCCAUUUUUGCAGCUGGGAACAGCUGGUUCUGUCUCUUGCCACUGUGUGGUUGGUUAUAUCGAGUUUGCUUAAUAAAAGCUGAGAUAAAGAGCCCUUUACUCGUUAGUUCUAGGGAAACAGAGCCUUGAAACAUGUUCUGCAGUAAAGGUGCCAUAAACUGUUAAAUAUUUCCUUUCCCUUGGAUUUUCCUUUUAUUCUGUAGAUACAGAUCUAGUGCUGGCUGUUGCCCUGUUUUAUACUGAGUCUUAAUAAAACAAUGAUUUGUGUAGGAAGUGAAAAUAUCUGCAAAGCUUUUUGGUUUUAAAUCUGCCAUUGGGUAUGGCUUUGUAUAAUAGACUAUUUAAUCCUUAUUUAUUAAUCUGCUGCUAGGAUGGGGUAAUGUCUAACUUUUAGCAAAGGAAGGUUGCAGAGCAGCUUACUUUUUUUUUUUUUUUUUUUUUUACAGUUGUAUAAAGAUUUGAUUAUUCUUUUUCCUUGUAGGGAUGUAGUGCAUUACUGAGGGGUGUGUUACCGUGUUGGGUGAUCAUGUAAAAAAAAAAAAUGCAGUUUUGUACAACAGAGUAUUUUGUACUGAUUUUUCUGCCUGCAGAAUUGCCAUAAAAGGGAUUUUCUUACUUCCUAGAUGUAGGGUGUGUGUACACAAAGUAGAAUAUUGAUAUCAGACUUGUUGCUCCUGGGUGGCUGUGUACAA